GUUGCUAUUCAAAAUGGCGGGGUAUCUUUGUCGUUUUCAUUCGUGAAGAAGCAAACACACACUGUCUUUUGUGUCCAGGAGGGAAAAAAUGAAGGUAAUUUGCACUUAAUUCUAUUUUGUUAUUCUGAUUCAGUUAAAUUUAAUCAGCACAGCUUUUAUGAGUGUCGUUUAUCUGAGAAAAGCGCCAGUUUGAUAGCCGUAUCCAUGGUAAAUAAACACAUGCACAAGUGAGUUUAUUUAACCGAAUUAACCAGCGAGCGGUUGUUGUUUCAGUUUAGGCUCUUAGGAGUAAAUCUGAUUUAAAAAAUAAAAUGCUGUUUGCGAUAAUAAAGUGUAAAACACACUGUCGCUCAAAAAUUAAUAGUUAAUAUACGAACUUAAGCUAAAAAAUUCCUAUUAACAUUUCUACCGAGCUGCAACUAAUACCUGUCAGACUCCGAUUUGUAACUUACAAAGAACAUUGCAGCUGAGAUCGGAUUUGCGUAAAUAACUGACUUUAAAGAUAAAAAAGUUUACCCUUUUAAAUUUACGUUCUUGCAACAAUAUUUAUAAUUAUAUGGCUGUUGAAGAGUAAUAAUGAUUAUGAUCUUUCUCUACAGUGUGCAUGUUUAUAUGUGGGAAUGCACAAUGUGCAAUCCAGUGAGCGAGUGAGCCAUGUGAGGCAGACAUGUGAGCGGUCACCUUGCAUUGUGGUCAGCAGAUAAUUGCAGUAUAGACCUUGCCACAGUUUUUGAUGCCAUCUUGAGGAGUAGGCAAACGCGUGAAAAAUUGCAGUGUUUGUAUGAGAAUCUAAUGUCGAAUAAUUUCUGUAAAACGGCUGUUCUGAAAAAAAUAUCAAUUGUAAACUAAAGCAACAAAGCAAAGGAUUGUCCUAAAAAAUUUGGGGGACAUACCUGUGCUUAAAUUUCUCCAGAGGCUUGCUUUAGAUUUUCCAUAUAUUUGUCUUUAAUUUUCCCGGGACUUUCUUACAGACAAAUGUAUAGAAAAUUUUAAAAGUGGUUCUAGGUCUUCUAGUGCAUGUAACGCCCUCAAAUUUUUUCAGGAGAAUCAUAUUUUUCAUAUUUUUUUCAGAACAGCCAUUUCUACGGAAAUUAUUCGAUAUUAGAUUCUCAUACAAACACUGUAAUUUCUCAUGCAUUACAACUUCACGCCGAUUUAAGUGUGUACCCCAAAUUUUGGGGUUAUCAAGUAUUCAUAUAUUCAGGCUAUUGUUCUUGCCAUUGUCGAUUACCUUCCGAAGAAUCCACGAGCGGAAUUCCUUUGAUUUAGGUGCGAUAUGUCUCUUUUGUUUCGAAUUUUGUUGCUUGAUUGACUUUUUAAUCCCCAUUGUUACUUGAUGAGUAUUAAAUUUAUCCAUUAAAAUACUCGGACUUGCCUGUUAAAUUUGUUGCGCUCUGUGGGAACGCUUACAAGUCUUUUAAGUGUGGCGGACAACUCUGGUUGCAUAACAUAUUUUCGGUCACGCACCGUAUUACAAACGAAACAAGCCUGAUAAAUUUGAAGUUGAUUAAAGCUUAUAAAUACCUGGUCUCCUAUGGUAUUUUUUUUAUUAAAUACUCCCUUGCCUUGAAAAUAAUUUGGCGUUUAAAGAAUUACUGCAGAAGGUAUUUAUUAGAACGUUUUAUUCAUUCAGUAUUAUCAAAACCUGCGCUCUGCAAUCAAGAGCGAACAACUCUCUUCAAAAUGUAAACAACGCAAGCGGUGAAUGCAUUUAACGGGAUGACACAGAUUUAUCAGCAUGUAAUUUCACUUUUUUGGACGUUUUCGCUUGCCUUUCAGUGUUUUUGUUGAAAAAAACCUUGCGUUUCAGUUACGUGACUGCAGGGCCCGAAAUAACCGCGUAUUGUCAGUUCACCGAUUUGCAUGACAACUUGAUUCGCGGAGCUAAUCGAGUGAGACAGGAAAUAUCUAAAACUGUAAUCGACAGAUCAAAACUUGCGGAAUUCAUAAUUGCUCGAAAUAAUUUCGUAGAAACGCUUGUAUAGUUUGAUUGCUCUGGAGAAAUGAAUAACUGUUAUGAUUGAAUGAAUGGAUAACUCUCGGCCGGCCGGAUUUUAUUAAGCGAUAGGCGAGAAAAAAUGCUUCAGCGGCUUGCUUUGUACUUCGAAACCUCGGCAAGAAAAAAAAAAUCCAAUCUUGGUCCACAGUGGUCGAAAUUUCUCGUUCAAUAUCUCUUUUUGAAGCUCUCAAAACUCUCUUUUUGAAAAAACGUACCCAAGUCGAAGAAGUUUUUGCGAAAGAUUUAAAUCCAUAAACUUCUACCGCGAUAUGUGCGAUAAUUCUCUGCAGUUUUAUUGACACAUUUAGAACAAAAGGAUACCUUUAAAACUUCGUGGCCCUGGGCAGCUUAAUUAAGCCAUUGUUCAAUUCCUUUGAAUUCGCUUCUGAGUCUUCCGCCAUAAAAUCUCACCUUCUUUGAACCGAGUCAAAACGAGCACUCUCGAAGGGAAAGUCCGGAGGAAUAAACUGAGCCUUCAGGGUACAAAAUCCAGCGGUUAUGCCCAUUUCUGAAAUACACACUUAAAUCGGCGUGAAGUUGUAAUGUGCGUUUGCCUACUUGUCAAGAUGGCGUUGAAAACCGUGACAAGGUCUAUUUUCCAAAAGUAAAUACGGUAUUUUACAAGGAAGAAGUGAGGGCAGCAGAAAAAAUAUUAAAUUCAACAACUGAAAAAAAUAAUAUCAUGGCUUUUUGUUUUUCUUGCACAUUGUAAUUGUCCUGUGCUACUGAAAUGGCAAAACGCAAACGGGAGUCACUGCAGCUUCUUAACCGACAACAAAGCGUGCUGGAUGAUCGAUCUGGUUUAUAACAGGUGACCUUGUUUUUACCAUUCAAGGACAUCAGAAGAUUAUAGAAGCUAUGAUGCUGAUAAAAAUUCCUGGAUAACGUGUCACUGAAAUUUAUCAGAAGCAAGUCUAUUCAAGAGAGCUUUAUAAAGAUAGUUGUUGAGCUUUCUACAUCCUGAAUAAACAGAUUCACACUUCAUAACAACAAUAGUACAGAGAUAACAUUUCACUUUGUUUUAAAUUUAUUGCGAUCAGUCAACACCUUGAAUUCAAAAUUAAAAUUUAAAAUGAUCCUAAUUUAUAAACAAAUUACAACUAUUGCCUACUCUGUACCGUGAUGCGACCUUAACUUUCCUUAGGUUUGCUUUGAAGCACUGCUGUACUCCAUAGCUUUGGCAGCUCUCAUCAACUAUAUGCAGCUAUAUGUUGCAUAUUCCAAACUCUGUAGAGGAAAAUUGUUUAAAAGAAAAAGCAAACCAUACACUAUGUCUGGAAAGCGACAUAAAACCAAUAAAUUUCCAAAUUUCCAAACUAUAACAGUCAGAAACAGUCCUGCCUUCAACCACCAUGUCCUUAAACCGUUGAUCUUUGGUUUAUGAUGUGAUGCCCCAAAUCCGCUGGCAAGAACUUUGAUAAUCACGUUGCAAGUUGUGAGAACAUCAUUUGGAUUUCAUUUACUAGAUUUUAUGGGAAGUAGCUCCCCUCCCCAUACACAAACUACUUUCGAUACAAGUUUAUUCAAUCCAGUUGUAAAUAGUUUCACGUACAUGUAUUUCGGGCUUAAAGACCAAAGAAUAUUUGCCCCGCAAAAACUUGAAGUGAUCAAAAUUUUUGUGCAAUUUUACUGCUUGAGCUCGUAUUGAAUUGACUUUUAUCAAAACAAUUUUGUAUUGAAACAACUGGUUUUUUAAAAGACUUUGCAGUUCAUAAAGGGUUCUCUAUUGACUCUUGGAACAAAGAUGAAUUUGUUAUUGAACUUAGCUCCUUUGUAUACUUUUGUGUCCACGAAAGUGAUCUCUGUUUCUGACAUCUCAGCCAACAAUACUUAAAUUUUAAAGUUCAGUGAAAGCUAUUUGAGUUCAUUUUCUUUUUUAGCCCCUGUUGAUUAGGUUUGUGUUGCAAACCAAAAUAUUGUCAAAUAUAAUUCACCUUUUAAUUUUUCCUUUCUUUAAUUUUGCUCUCACUCCUCUUUCCAUAAGGAUCAGUUUGCCAUUUUUUUAAAAUCUGGUAUUCAUGAUUUUAGUCAUCCAGGUCUACUCAAGGUCUGUUUGACAUCACCAGUCUGUUGCUGUGGUUUUGCCUCUAUAAGUUUCACUCCUUCAAAUCCAUCUAUUCCAUCCAGAUUUGAGUCCCAUAAAUAGAACACGUCAUCAAUAUACCUUGUCCAUGCCUUACACGUUUUGUUCAUGCUCUUGCAUACCUUGUUCAUGAGUCUCAUAUGCCUUGCAUGUUGGCCUAGCAUACCUCACUCAUCUGCCUCACUUACCUCGCUGGCUCACUGGCUCACAUAUUGUAUAUGUUGUGGUUCAGUUUUAUUCUCAGUUUAAAUUGAUUUUCUACCAAAAGAACUGAUGGCUGGUCACAUUAAUUAUUUAUCCUUUUAGCGAGUAUUUAGUGUUCCUGAGAAGGUAACUGGUGGUGGCACAAUAACCUACAAUUGGCAGCAGAAACUGGGAAACUACCUGGCUGUAACUGGGUAAGCUGUAGAACAUACAACUCUAUGUACAUUGAAAGUAAAUCAUUGGGUAAUAAUUAUAAAUCAUAGUAGAAGGUUUAAAGGGCUCAACUGCAAAACAUAAAUUCAAAAAACAUUUUUCCCUGUAGCUUAGCUUUUUUUUUCAAAGUUUGAGGUGACGUUAGACAAAUCAGCACGUACAAAAUAGGGAGCAGUUUGUCUGCUUGGAGCAUCUGACUUGAUUUAUUUUCGCUCCACAAACUAUUUAUCAGAAGAAGAACUUCUAGUGUUGUAAAACAACAAAUAAUAAUAAUUUUGAAAAGGAAAUGUGCAGUUUCUGAGGAAGAAAUAUUCCUGAAAGUGGAGAAAAAUAUCUUGCAUAUUGGCACAUACAAUUGAAGCCAAUUAAUGGCUGCUAACGGUGUUAUAUUUGAUUUCCAUGCUUAAUACAGUGUGCCAACUAGGAUUCAUUACUUCAAAAGAAGUUGCCAUUAGAAAAAUUUAAGGAAAACCAUUCCUUAAAGAUGAGCAGAGCUCACUGAUAAAAAAUAUACAAACAACAUAAAAAAAACACCUCUGGCCCAACAGUUUGCUUCAAUAACGGCUGUCGAAUGUUUGGCUGCAAAACACGUCAUGUUUGACACCCUUAGGAUAUGUUUUUCUAUCUUGUAUCCACGCUUAUAAUUGGAUGCAAAUGAUGAUAUAAAUCAUUUUAUUAUCCAAUGUUAUAAUUACAUUAAGUAGAUGUUUGUAUUUGUAUUGUAUUUUAUUUUUUACUCCAUUCUAUAGAUAAUACAUCAGUUGUGCAAUAUUAGUUAAUAGAAGGUGUUACCUUCAUAGGUUAUCUUCUUAGGUGAACAUGUAAUUACCAAGUGCCUACGUAGUGAGUUUGGGGUGCCUGUGACAAAAUAGUGCAUUCUCCCCACUGACGUUUUAACUGACUAGAUUUAGUAAAUUUCAUACUCAGUUACAUUGCACUUACAGUAUGGUGCUUAAAAUGAUACAAAGUGAUCAUGGGGAUUGUAAAUGUGCAUUAUGUUGUACAAAUUUAACUAUGCAACAUUCAUUGUCUGUUUAAACCUGAGUGUUCAACUAAUUAGGGUUAAGCAUUUUGCUAGGGUUCUAACUUUGGUAACCUAGGAUACAUACUGGUUCACCCUAAGAACAUUAAUUAGCAAUACAUGUAGUUGUAAGGUAUAUUGUAUUAGUAAAAACCAACUAGUGGUCUAUUAUCAAUGCUGCAUUCUGAUUGGUUGAGCUACUACUAGGCUAUAUGUUAUAGCCCUCUAGUAGCGAAAAGUGCCAGCUUUUUGGCAGCAAAAAAGGAUUCAAGUCUAGCUUUAACUACCUAAAUUUUUUUUAUUCUCGAUAUUUUUGACAAACUGGUUGGAUUUUACUAAAACAAUUAUUCCUCUCGCCCUCAUGACCUCUGAGUCAAUAGUUAUUGACUCAGAGCCCAUUCAGGUUCAAGGAAUAAUUGUCAAAUACACUGUAAGUUAAUUGUUCAUAUACAUUACAGCUGAACUCUCCAUAUUAGUGACCACCUGAAAAUGGAAAGAUUUAGUGGUCAUUCACAGUAGGCAGUUGCUUACAAGAAUCAAACACCAGGUGAUCUCUUGUGAGGGUGUUCCAGACAUAUCUACGAUAUGUGCAGUUCCCAUGUUGUCACUUAAAGUUUCAUGGAACAGUAGUAAACGUGGUGAACAGAGGUUCAAAAUUUGGGAAAUUGUAAAAGUGUCCCCUACAAAACUUUGUCUGGAGGGCUCUGAAUGGAGUAAUUUUGGUAUUUUUGUUUGGUAUUCACAUUUAUUUACUACAGGCCAUUGCUUCCAAUCGGUGGUCGCACAUGCUGAGAAUUCAACUGUAUUGAAUUUCUGAUAUGCUAAAUCUAAGUGAAAGGAACUUAAACUAAAGUCAUUUCCACAGCUUUUAAAGCUAGACUUCCUUCUAGGUAUUCUGUCUUUGCCCCUGUUGACAAUGUAAAUUGCCAACAUAUGCUGCGCAUUCUAGGCACCACUUUCUAAUUCUUUUUGGCUUCGUACACCUGACAAGCGUACUCGGAAUUUAGAGAGUUCUUUGUUACCAGUGGUUUAUUGAAUAAUUGUAUACUGGAUUCUGGUGUCUUUACUUACUACUCCAGUAAGUCAAGUGUCAAGAAGGCCUGUUGUUCCCUUUAGUCACUACUUGUUUUUAUUUAUCAGUGUUCUAUAUUAUGUUCUUUCCUCUGUGCUUACUGUGAAACAUAAAACGCGACUCACAUAAAAUGUGACUGACAAAGCGAAUACAGCCAUGCAUGCACCAAUCUGUAUCAAGUUGCACCAAACUGCACCAAGUUGCACGAAACUGCACCAAGUUGCACCAAACUGCAUGAAGUUGCACCAGUCUGCACCAAGUUACACCAAGUUCCACUAAACUAAACCAAGUUGCACCAAUCUGCACCAAGUUGCACCAAGUUCCACUAAACUGCACCAAGUUGCUCCAAACUGCAUCAGGUUUCAUCAAACUACACCAGGUUGCACCAAUCUGCACAAGGUUGCACCAACUUGCAUCAAGUUGUACCAAACUGCACCAAGUUGCACCAAACUGCACCAACUUGCACCAAACUGCACUAAUUUGAACCAAGUUGCACCAAUCUGCACCAACUUGCACCAAGUUGCACCAACCUGCACCAAGUUGCACCAACCUGCACCAAGUUGUACCAAACUGCACCAAGUUGCACCAUUCUGCACCAAGUUCCACCAAACUUCAGCAAGUUGCACCAAACGGCACCAAGUUGCACCAACUUGCACCAAUUGCACCAAGGUGCACCAAACAGCAACAAGUUGCACAAAACUGCACCAAGUUGCACCAACUUGAACAAAGUUGCACCAAACUACACCCAAACUGCACCAAUCUGCACAUCUUGAACCAAGUUGCACAAAACUGCACCAAGUUGCCCCUAACUGCACCAAGUUGCACCAAACUGCACCAAACUGCAUCAAGUUGCACCAAACCGCACCAAGUUGCACCACAUUGCACCAAACUUCACCAACUUGCACCAAACUGCAUUAAGGUGCACCAAUCAGCACCUAGUUGCUCCAAACUGAGCCAAGUUGUACCAAACUGCACCAAGUUGAACCAAUCUGCACCAACUUGCACAAACUUGCACCAAGUUACACCAACCUGCACCGAGUUGCACCAACUUGCACCAAGUUGCACCAAACUGCAUCAAGUUGCACCAAACAGCACCAAGUUGCACCACGUUGCACCAAACUGCACCAAGUUGCACCAAUCUGCACCACACGUCUUCAAGUUGCGCCAAACUGCACCAAGUUGCACCAAACUGCUCCAAGUUGCACCAAUCUGCAUAAAGUUGCACCAACUUGCACCAAGUUGCACCAAACUGCACCAAGUUGGACCAAGUUGCACCAAACUGCACAAAGUUGCACGCAUCUGCACCAAGUAGCUCGAAACUGCACCAAGUGUCACCAAGUUGCAUCAAACUGCAUCAAGUUGCACCAAUCUGCACCAAGUUGCACUAAACUACACCAAGCUUCACCAAACUGCACCAAGUUGCACCAACCUGCACCAAGUUGCACCAACGUGCACUAAGUUGCACCAAACUGCACCAAGUUGCACCAAUCUGCACCAAGUUCCACCAAACUUCACCAAGUUGCACCAAACGGCACCAAGGUGCACCAACUUGCACCAAUUGCACCAAGGUGCACCAAACAGCAACAAGUUGCACCAAACUGCACCAAGUUGCACCAACUUGAACAAAGUUGCACCAAACUGCACCAAGUUGCACCAAUCUUCACAUCUUGAACCAAGUUGCACAAAACUGCACCAAGUUGCACCAAGUUGCAGGAAUCUCCACCAUCUUGCACCAAGUUGUACCUAACUGCACCAAGUUGCAUCAAUGUGCACCAAGUUGCACCAAACUGCACCAACGUGAACCAAUCUGCACCAUAUUGCACCAAUCUGCACCAAGUUGCAUCAAACUGCCCCAAGUUUCAGCAAUCUGCACAAGGCUGCACCAACUUGUAGCAAGUUGCAUCAAACUGCACCAAGUUGCGCCAGAGUGCAUCAAGUUGCACCAAUCUGCCCCAAGUUACACCAAUGUGCACCAAACUGCACCAAGUUUCACCAAACUGCACCAAGUUGCACCAAUCUGCAUAAAGUUUCACCAGCUUGCACCAAGUUGCACCAAUCUGCACCAAGUAUCACCAACUUGCACCAAGUUGCACCAAACUGCACCAAGUUGGACCAAGUUGCACCAAACUGCACCAAGUAGCUCGAAACUGCACCAAGUGUCACCAAGUUGCAUCAAACUGCACCAAGCUUCACCAAUCUGCACCAAGUUGCACGAAGUUGCACCAAUCUGCGCUAAGUUGCACCAAACUGCACUAAGUUGCACUAAACUACACCAAGCUGCACCAAUCUGCACCAAGUUGCACCAACUUGCACCAAGUUGCACCAAACUGCACCAAAUUGCAUCAAUCUGCACCAAGUUCCAUCAAACUGCACCAACUUGCACCAAUCUGCACCAAGUUCCAUCAAACUGCACCAAGUUUCACCAAACUGUACUAAGUUGCGCGAAUCUACAAGAUGCUGCAGCAACUUGCACCAAACUGUACUAAGUUGCGCGAAUCUACAAGAUGCUGCGGCAAGUUGCACCAAACUGCACCAAGUUGCACCAUUGUGUAGGAAGUUGCACCAAACUUCACCAAGUUGCACCAACCUGCACCAAGUUGCACCAAACUGCAGCAACUUGCACCUAGUUGCACCAAACUGCACCAAGUUGCACCAAACUGCACCAAAAUGCAUCAAUCUGCACCAAGUUCCUUCAAACUGCACUAACUUGCACCAAUCUGCACCAAGUUCUAUCAUACUGCACCAAGUUGCACCAAACUGCACUAAGUUGCACCCAUCUCCAAGACGUUUUACCAACUUGCACUAAACUGCACUAAGUUGCACCAAGUUGUACCAAACUGCACCAAGUUGCACCAAUCUGCACCAACUUGCAACAAAGUGCACCAAGUUGCACCAAUCUGCACCAACUUGCACCAAACUUCACAAGGGUGCACCAAAUGCUACCAAGUUUCACCAAGUGACACCAAGUUGCACCAAACUGCACCAAGUUGCACCAGUCUCUCCAAAGUGCACCAAACUGCACAAAGUUGCACCAAAGUGCUCCAAGCUACAUCAAUCUGCACCAAGUUGCACUAAACUGCACCAGGUUGCACCAAUGUGCACCGCGUUGCACCAACUUGGACGAAACUGGACCAAGUUGCAUCAAUAUGCGCCAAGUUGCACCAACUUGCACCAAGUUGCAGAAAACUGCACCAAUUUGCACCAAAGUACACCAAGUUCCACCAAACUGCACCUCCACCUGGUGUAGUUUGGGAUAAUUUGAAGCGGAUUGGUGCAGAUAUGCACUAAGCUGCACCAUGUGUCACCAAAUUGCACCAAACUGCACCAAGUUGCUCCAAAUUGGACACAAGUGCACCAAGUUGCAGCAAUCUGCACAAAACUGCACCCAUCUGCACUAAGUGGUAGCAAUCUGCACCGAACUGCACCAAUCUUUACCAAGUUGCACCAAUCUGCAUCAAGUUGCGCCAAUCUGAAACAAGUUUUACCAAACUGCACCAAGUUGCACCAAACUGCACCUAGUUGUACCAAAUUGGAUCAAACUGCACCAAGUUACACCACACUGCACCAAUCUUGACCAGCCCACACCAACAUAAAGAUUGGUGUAGUUUGGUGCAGAUUUGUGGAGUUUGCUGCAGGUUGUUGUAGAUUGGUGCAACUUGGUUUAAUAAAAACUGAAUGAAACAGUUUUAGCUAGCGAAUUGUUCAAAAUUUUAAUUGCUGAGGAGUAUAAGGACAAAAUAAUACUGUAUAAUGUAUGUUUUUUUAUGUUUUGCUUUAGUUUUACCCUUGGCUUUAUUUUUUUGUUUUAAACUAUUAUAAUAAUAUGCUUGAUCUUGACCAUAGAUUUACAAUCUCGGAAAUUAUAAUAUAUGUUAAACCACCACAUAAAAUAUUUUAAACUCAACUCAGCUUCACAUGUACUUAUUUGGAACUAACUUGGUGUUAUAAAUAUUAUUGUAUCUAUUUGUAGGACAAAUACCAGAUCUGUUGUCAUCUAUGAUCGGCAUGGAGAACAAAGAGAUGUAAUUAAUCUGCAAGGGUAAGUCCGUUCUAGUCAUGUUUAGUAGGAGCCAUGUUAGAACCUAUUGCACUGUGUUCUAAAUGCUGGUCAGUUUGAGAGUUGUCAUGGUUAGCUGGCAACACCGCUUGGCUUGGAAAGGAACAGGCCAUUUUAAUAGUGACAUCGGUUAAUUGCAUUUAUUGACUGUACAGUGUACAGCUACCAGAAUUAAUGUGGUUUCUUGGCUUUUUAUUAAUUAAAUCUAUCAAUCAGACUGAGAUUUAUCAAACAAAGCUCUGGUUUGCACUUGGAAACAACAAACUGAAGGAUUCUGGUAGUUGUAGUGAACGUCCUGUCUGCUAGCCACCUCACAUUAACAUUGGUAGCCUGAGAAAACGGCCGACAUAUGGCUACGCUACUACUGGUUUCCCCGCCAAAUGAUGUCUCAGAAACGAGUGCAGAAAUUCCAUACCCAGAUCUGGGUAGUGCUUCUGAUUAGUCGUGAAACGUGGGAAAUUUGAUUCAACCAAUCAGAAGCACUACCCAGAUCUGGGUAGUGAUGCGUCAUCAGUAUGGAAUUUCUGCGCUCGUUUCUCAGACGUCAUUUGGCGGGAAAACCUUUUCUCAGGCUAUAAAAUUGACAAUAAAGCUCCCUACAUGAAAACUUCCUGUCGACCCUGCGUUUGAAGACCUUCUACAGUAUAGACUUGUUUAUUUUUGGUUAUGGUCAACUUCUCUUACAAGACAGAUAAUAAAUUAGUUUCACUCUCCAUCUGCUCCAUCAGGAAGUCAGUUUUACUGCCGUUUAAGCGCAAGAGUCACCUUAAAUAGCCCGAAAAAGUGUCAACAAUAAUAAACUCCCACGAUAAUCGAUUUAACAUGCACAAUCGAUAAUCAUAAAUUGCUUAAGGUUUUAAGUCAAUAAUCGACUAUGCCCGAGGAUCCGCACAUCACUAGUCACAGGUAUAUCUUGAUCCUUACUCACUUAUUGCAGACAAUGUACUGGAAUGGCUUGGGACAAAGAUGGUGACACUCUGGCAAUCAUCCAAGAUAAAAAUGGUCAGUACUCGCUCUCUUUUCAGUGUGCAAAGCUUAUAUUCUUUUUGCAUAAACUUUCCCCAUCACUGUUGUAACCAACUCUUCUCUGUUUUACUUCAUUUUUGUUGGUCACAAGUAGGUGCAGUGUACGUGUAGUACAUGCUUUUACACAAACAUACAUAGGCUUUAAGUGUACUUACGAUGUACAUGUACAACUGUAUAUUUCCAUUGCCACUUAAUGGUCUUAAUGCGUUGGAACUUGUUAUGUUUUCUUGCCUCUAUUAAAUUACUGGUAAGAUGGUACUAAAUGUAUUGUGAAAAGUCUAUUAUUAUUCCAGAAUUUUUCAUCAAGCCUUAUAGUUGAUAUGCUCUUUAAAGUUUUGAAAUUAUGAAAUGUUAGUUAUUUUGCACUUGGUUUCAAUGUACACUUUGUGUCACGGACCACUGCAAAAGUUUUCAUUCAGGGUCUUUUUUUAAACUUGAUGUAUUGCCUUCAGGUGUAGUAUACUUAUGGGAUGCCAAUUCGAACAAGACAUCGCAGUUGGAAAGUGGCCUAAGGUACAUGUGCAAUCCUUGUCAAUUUGUAUUGUCUAAAAAUUCAGGCAUACUUAUUUUUAAUUCUGAUUUCUCAAGAAUGUUUUAAUUUAUCACAUAUGACUUUUGAUUUCUCAAGCAAACUUUUUUAUGUCCAAAAUUUGUUUUUUUGUGGCAAAAUUAAAUUACAUUAAAUUGUUUAUGCUAAUGGGGCAUUUGCUUUAGUUUACAUCCUGUUUGAUUUCCAAAAUGGAACUAGCUUGCUGGUAGGCUCUCCGUGGCGCUCUGGCGAUGGUCGAAAAAGGAACCCGCCGCCAGAAAGCUCUUGGAAGCUUGCUAGCAGGCUAAAAUGGAACAAUCAAUUCCAGUGGUCAUUCUUAUUUUAGGGAGCGUGGUUAUGGUUAUUAUGUCCCAAGGACAGUGUAUACUUUCAAUCUUGUUUUACCCUCUUUGCGACGAUAAAAGCCAUAGAAGUAUGUCCUUACGUCGAUAAAAGCCUCUUCAUCAUGGUCAUUUUGAAGCGAACCUUGUAGAAACAGAUAAGCUCACUUCGCCCUAAUUGUUUGGUUUCUUUCACGUUUUUAUUCUGAUCAUGUUGCAGUAGUGUAGUUUGAUGGAAAUACGGAUUUAUAUUCCUCAAUAUAAUAAACAUUUCUUUAAACAAAAUAUUCUGGUCCCUUUCCCCCUCAAUGGCGUCAUUACACCUCUACCUCCCACGGUCACUCUCUUAAACAACCACCUUCUAUGUUCACAAGGUGACCGUUGGAGACAGGUUUAAAAGUAUUCAUUUUAACGUCUUUUAUCCAGGGAAGGGUUAUCAUUUGUAUUAUGGUCAAGAGUUGGACCUCAACUAGCUAUAGGUGAGUUGCACAAGUCAGUAUACAACUUAAGUAAGCGUGGUAGUCAUCCAAAGAAGUCUAGGAAACAAAUAACAAUGGCCAGGGCAAGGUUGGAAAUUAAAAAGUUUCGGAAGAAAGUUUCAAACGGUCGUGCAAAAAUUUACAGCAGACUAUACUAAACUGCGCCAAACUCAACCAAACUACACCAACCUGCACCAAACAGCGCAACAAACUGCACCAGCCUACAUCUAACUGCACCAACUUACACCAACCUGCAUCAAACUGCACCAAUCUGCACUAACCUGCACCAAACUGCACCAGUCUGCGCCAACCUGCGCAGAACUGCACUAACUUGCACCAACCUGCAUCAAACUGCACCAACCUGCACCUGCACCAAACUGAACCAAGCUGCUUCUGCACCAACCUGUACCAGCAGCACCAAACUUGCAUCAAACUGCAUCAAAUUGCACUAAACUGCAGCAACCUGCACCAAUCUGCAUCAAACUGCACCUAAUUGCACUAACCUGCACCAAACUGAACCUAUCUGUAACAACAUGUACCAAACUGUACCAACUAAAACAACCUCCACCAAACGUGAUCAAAUUGCACCAGUCUGCACGAACUUGCAUCAAACUGCAGAAAUCUACACCAAACUGCACCAACUUGCAUCGACCUGCACCAACUAGUACCACCCUGCAUCAAACUGCACUAAAAUGCAACAAUCUGCACCAAACUGCACCAAGCUACACCAAACUGCUUCAAUCUGCACCAACCUGCUCCACACAGCAUCAAAGUGCACUAAACUACACCAACUUGCACUAAGCUACACUAACUAUACUAAAUUAGACCAACUUCAUGAGCCAGCCAUAUACUCGAAACUACAGCAACUGCACCAUCGAUAUUAAACUACAUCAACAACUCCAAACUACACAAACUACGCCACAGUACACCACCUUUACCAACACACCCAACUACACCAGACUACAACAAUGUACACCAAACUACAAAAACUACACCUUACUGUAAAACUACAUACUCCAAACUACACCAUUUUACUUUAUAUUAUGCCGAUUACACCAUUACACCAAAAUUCAGCAACUAUGCUAACUACAAUAACCUACACCAAACUACACCAACACACCAAACCACAUCAACUACACCAACACACCUAACUACAGCAACUACAGUAACUAAACCAAACAACCUUAAACUACAACAAUGUACACCAACCGCACCAAACUACACCACAUUAUACGAACUACAUCAAACUAGAAAAGAACCACAGCAAACUACACCAAUUACACGAACUACAUCAGCUACACCAGUCUACAUCAACUACACUUACUAUACUGUAGAAUAAUAUAGUUUUAACUGAACUUGUAUUGUUUUAUAUUCAUGGCAGUUAUCAUGAAUCUUUUACAAAAUACUGUGAAAAACGUAGAGAGCACGAAAGUAAAGAGUAGGAUAUUCAUAGCAAGAGCAAAAACAUAGAUCAAACUCAUGUAAAUAGAAGGUCGUUGUUUCAGCGAACAUUGGGGAAUGUCUUUUGUUGUUGUUGAUCUCGAAGGUGGUAACCCAGAGCAAUAAUUUGAUAGAUCGGCUGUUAAGAGAAACUGAUUUGUUUUUUAAUUCUUGGCUUAGCAAACUGUUGUCCAUACCUCCCUAUUCACCCUGCAAAAUCCUCAUGGGUAUAAACUGUGUUCUUACUACAUUUAACUCACUAAAAGUAGGGAUCCCUGAAAGCGGACAAGUCUAAAAGAAAUUAGCGUCAUUUAUUUCAAUCUUCUCAUUAUUCGGUGUUUACGUACUUGUAAUAAUAGAGUUGUAACAACUGCUGUAUGUAACUAUGAGGAAUGAGCACAAUUAUUAGCAAAGACAGUUUACUCUACACUUUCUACAUUGUGUACUGUUCACAUUCAUAUAGGAACUGUUAAAGGAAAUUUGCUGAUGUACAACCAUCAAACAUCCAGGUACAGAAAUUGAAUAGUGUUUCGCUU